CGAACCGGUUUAGUUCUUUGUGAACCGGUGACCAGAUCAAACGUGGUUCGUGUUCCACGGUUCCAUCGUCGUGUAGUCGCGCUAAGUAACUGAUCCCAGUCGAUCCGCCGGAGGUGUGUCUGUUUUUAGCAGAAUGGCUCUACUACGACUUGUUGCCAACGAGUGCCGCAAUGUGCUCCAUCGGGGCUACAGCACGGCCACGGGGCCAACGACGAAAAUGUUCAUCGAUGGCAAGUUCGUUGAGUCGAAGACGAACGACUGGAUUGAUCUGCACGAUCCGGCCACAAAUGAGCUCGUCACGCGUGUCCCUAAAUGUACACAGGACGAGAUGCUUGCCGCCGUGGAAUCUUCCAAGAAGGCGUUCAAGACCUGGCGCCAGACGUCCAUCCUGACCCGGCAGCAGGUGAUGUUCAAACUUCAGCACAUCAUCCGCAAUAAUAUGUCGGAAAUUGCGAAAAACAUUACGAAGGAACAGGGCAAAACACUGGUUGACGCUGAGGGUGAUGUUCUGCGGGGCUUGCAGGUUGUGGAGCACUGCUGCAGUAUCACGUCGCUGCAGAUGGGUGAGACCGUUUCGAACAUUGCGAAGGACAUGGACACGUACUCGUACACCCUGCCCCUCGGGGUGACGGCCGGUAUUGCGCCGUUCAAUUUCCCCGCCAUGAUUCCGCUGUGGAUGUUCCCGGUCGCCAUUACGUGCGGCAACACGAGUAUCAUCAAGCCCUCGGAACGAGUGCCCGGAGCCACGAUGCUGCUGAUGGAGAUGCUCAACGAAGCCGGCUGCCCACCGGGAGUGGUGAACGUGAUCCACGGGGCGCACGACGCAGUAAACUUUGUCUGCGACAAUCCCGACAUUCGGGCGGUGUCCUUCGUCGGUUCGGAUCAAGCUGGCCGCUACAUCUACGAGCGUGCCGGGCGCAACGGUAAGCGCGUCCAGUGUAACAUGGGCGCUAAGAACCACGGUGUCGUAAUGGCUGACGCCAACAAAGAGAACACACUGAACCAGCUGGCUGGAGCGGCCUUCGGUGCGGCGGGCCAACGGUGUAUGGCACUUUCGACGGCGGUGUUCGUCGGCGAAGCCACCAAUUGGAUUGACGAUCUGGUGGAGCGGGCGCGCAAGCUAAAGGUUAACGCGGGUCAUUUGCCCGGAACCGACCUGGGACCGGUCAUUUCGCCCCAGGCGAAACAGCGCAUUCACGAGCUGGUGGAAUCGGGGGUGAAGGAGGGAGCGAAGCUGGUGCUCGACGGGCGCAACAUUAAGGUGGACAACUACGCGGGCGGAAACUUUGUCGGACCGACCAUCAUCAGUGGCGUAAAGCCGACCAUGAAGUGCUACAAGGAGGAAAUCUUUGGCCCGGUGCUGGUGUGCCUGACGGUGGACACGAUUGACGAGGCGAUUGAGCUGAUCAACAGCAAUCCGUACGGUAACGGUACGGCCAUCUUCACCACCAACGGAGCAACCGCCCGCAAGUUCGUGAACGAUAUCGAUGUGGGUCAGGUGGGCGUGAAUGUCCCGAUUCCAGUUCCGCUGCCCAUGUUUUCGUUCACCGGCAGCCGCGGCAGCUUUUUGGGUGACUGCCACUUCUACGGCAAGCAGGGCGUCAAGUUCUACACGCAAACGAAAACCGUUACGCAGCUGUGGCGUGAGGGCGACGUCAGCCACACGAAAGCGGCUGUUGCUAUGCCAACGAUGAAGUGAGCGCACUGAUUAGAACUACUACGCAACCGACAACCACAACAACCGGUACUCGUCUUCCAGAUAAAGUGCAUUUAAAAUGAUAUGUUUUUAUACAACGCGGUGAGUGAACUAGAGUGGCCAAAUAAAUGCUUUGCUCGAAAAAG